CUUGACUCAGAGAAGAACAAGCAGGACGUAGAGAAGUUCACGAGUGAGAACGAACGGUUACGGGAACGUUAUGACGUGAGCCAGGUAGAACUACAGAAAGCGAAGCUCCUGAAUGAGAAAUUGUCUGAAGAACUGGAUGGUAUGAAGUCAGAGCUCGACAGAACACAGUCCAGAGUAGGGAAGUACACAAGCAGCCAGGAGAAGUACGAAGGGGAACUUGAACGAGCGAACAUCGAAGUGGAGAAGAUGAAAGACAAAUAUGAAAGAGCUCAGAUCGAAUGUACAAAAUCACAACAAAAGGUGGAGAAACUGGAGAGCGAGAACGAGAGGCUCAAGAGCGACCUUCAGAUGAGCCAGAAUCAACUCGAGCGUUUCCUCACGGCCCAAGACAGGAACAAGACCGAGGUGGAAAAGACCUCCAUAGAGAUCGAGAAAUUAAAAGACAAAUUAGACCGUGCUCAGGCUGACUUCACUCGUGCUCAGGCUGGAAGGGAAAAGGCUGAGCUGGAAGUCCAACGACUGACGCAUGAGAUGGAGAGAUCGCAACAGCACAUGUCUAAAUACCAAGAGAGCAAUGAAUCAGCCAAAAUUGAGUUCGAGAGAAUGUCUGUCGAACUCGAGAAGUUACACGAACGAUUAGAAAAGUCUCAGACAGAACUCAGAAGAGCAAAUGACACCAAAGAAAAAUUAGAAAUGGAGAACAAGAAAUUCAAGAGAGAUUUAGACGAGGCAAAGGGCAUGGUGAAUAAGGCCUCGGACUAUCAGCAAAGGUCCAACACAGAUCUCGAAAAGUGUAAAGAAGAGAUCAUACGUCUGAACAAGGAACUAGAGAGAGCUAAAGAUGACCUCAGUAAGGUCGGAACAGAAAAGGAGAGACUGAAUACGACACAAGAGAAACGCGAGAAGAUGAUCGGCAGACUCGAGACGGACCUCAAGCAGUUACAGACUGAGAGAGACCAGCUUGUGAAACAGCUAGAGAAGUCCCAAGACAUGCUCCUGAACUUCCAGCAGGAGCUGAAGCAGUCAGAAUCAGACUUACAAAAGUUCAAGGACGAGAAUAAGCGAAUCAAAUCAGAGCUGAGCAACACCACGAAAGAGAUGGAACAAGGGGCCAAAGAAAUGUUGGAAGGCAGAGAAAAGGAAAUCCAGAGGCUGCAAGGGCAACUCUCAGCCAAAGAAAAGGAGUUCAAUGCCUUGCGAGCCGAGGCGGAAAAGGAGGUGCAGCGACUUCAGCAGGAGGUCCAAAAGGCUCAGCAGGUGGCACAGGCGGCUCAGAAGGAGGCAGGGUUAAUCCAGAAGGAGGCUGAGAAGGAGCUCAAGAACUUGAUCAUUCAGUUGCAAGGCAAAGAGAAGGAGCUGGGAGUCAUGCGCAGCGAGGCAGAGAAAGGAAGACUGCGGGCUGAAAAGGCAGAGCGAGAUGUUGGAGAGCUGAAAAAACAGGUAGAGGAUCAUGCUGUAAAGGGAGAGGGCGAGACAGCCAAACUUCAGCAAAAUAUCUCCUCAGAGAAACAGAGAGCAGAUCAGGCAGAGCGCGCUGUGCAGGAAAUGCAGAAGCAAAUGCAGACCAUGGCUCAAGACAACCAAAAAAUAAAUCAGCAAGUGCAACAGCUGAAUCAACAAAAUCAGGACCUUAACAAACAGAUUGCAGACACAAACAAACAAAAUCAACAAUUACAGCAACAAAAUCAAACACUACAAAAACAAGCACAACAAGCACAACAGCAGAUUCAGGAACAGACCCAGAAAAUACAACACUUACUCCAACAAACACACGAACAGCAGCAGAUCAUACAGAACCAAAGCAACAACCCGAAAGACAGCCAGGAGAUACAGAGGUUGAAGGCAGACCUGAACAAAGCCAAUACUGAGUUGAAGAAUUCAGCUGUUGAAAAGCAAAGGCUUCAGAGUCAGCUCGAGUUGCUGGUGACAGAGCUGGAGAGAAAGCAGCUCGACUUGCACGAAGCCAACCAGAAGCUUCAAAACGGUGGACGGCCCAGCGAAGAUUCUCAGAUGAUUAAGCGGCAACUAGAUGAUCAGAUGAAGGCUGUGGAACAAAAGGUACGAACACUGGAACAAAGGAACAAACAGUUGGACGAAAAAGAAAAGACACUCUUAGACCUUGAUGCGCGACUGAAUAAGAAGAAGGAACAGAUUGAUAAUAUGGAACAACAACUUGCAAAGGCCCAUGCAGCAGAUGGCGCACCACCUUCAGAAGCCAACAAGCAACUUGCAGAAAUGAGAAAAGCACUUGGUGAGAAGGAAAAAGAAAUUGACGCACUUAGUAAGGCACGAGCAAAGGCAGAAGCAGAUGUUCGUGCAGCACAGGGUGAGGCAGAGAGACUACUCCAGGUGAUGCAGAUGGGUCAGGAAGAACAGUUUGCUAAGGACAAGACGAUCAUGGAGCUCCAAGAUGCCCUGAAAGCAGCAGGUGGCAGCCCACAUCCUGCAGCUAUUGGAGGAGGAGGUCCUGUGCCUGGUCCAGGUGGACCCCCUAAGAAGCCAGCUGCAACACCAACCGCUCAGGGCACUCCAGUCAAAAUGGAUGGCAUACCAGCAGCAUUAGGCCCUCAGACUGCAGGACAAAUGGCAGCGCAGGCAGCAGAAAAGGCAACUGCAGCAACAGAAGCUGCAAAGGCUACUUUAGAACAAGCAAAGAAUGUUGCUCAGCCUUGUGAAGAUUCAUCAAGGUCAGAUCAACAGGAGAUAGACCUGCUUGAGAUGGAGGGCCGGCAGAGGGAAUACAGACUCCAGCUCGAUCAGAUGGACGUGGAUAUCAAGCUCAAAGAUUCCCUCAUCAAUAACCUGAGUGAUGAGAACAAGAGGCAGAGAGACAGGAUCCAAGAGAUGGAGGAAGAGAUCCAUUCCCUGGAAGAGGAACUGAAGAAGAAUGAAAAGAUUGAAGAAUUGGAGCAGCUCGUUGUGGUGGUGAAGCAGAAGAAUGAGAGGAUUGAGGAGCUGGAGGAAGCACUGAGGCAGAGUGUGAGGAUUGCUACCGAUAUGGAGAUGGAGAAACGAGAUGAAGAAGACAGAAGGAAAGAGAUUACAGAAAAGUUAAGUAAGCUUGAGGUCCGAUUGGCAAGUGCCCAGAAUGCUCAAAAUCUCCGGUGUACUUCGUGCCGUCCACUGAGGCAACGGUUAUCGCAGUUGGAGGCCAGAUACAAUAACCUAGUCAGUGAACGUCGACACCACCUCCAGGAAUUAUUUGAUAUGAAGCAUGAAGCUUUGACGUCUGCUCUCAGUGAGAAAGAUGCUCAUCUUGCACUCUUGGAAGUGGGAGGAGUGCGAUGCUCCAGGACAGCCCAGGAGAUCGAUAGCCUCAAAAAGGAGCGCGGCAAAUUACUUGAAGCCAUUAAACAUCAAGGCGAGGACCGCGUGCGUCUCAGUCAGGAAUACGCAGCCACAGACAUCAAGUUGGACGCCACGCCCCCCGAUACCCCGCCUCCCUUGCAGGAGAGCACGGAGGAGGCGCCCCCGGACGGCUCAGCGGCGCGAACGCACCUCUGAAAUGAAAGGACACUGAAAUCUUCAAUCAAAUCAGCUGCUACCAUGACGUCUGCAACAGGUUGUGCAACAUCUGCUGGAUGAAAUAACUAGAAAGUCCUCGUGAAUCUUGGGGAUUCUUUGCUAUCUCUGUAUUAGAUUUUAAGCAAUAUUCUUCUCAUAAUUAAUGCACAUGGUUAUUUGGUUUAGGCAGAAUCAGGUUGUAUGAACAAGGUUGUAGAGACAUAGAAAAAAAGAAAUGGUUGUUAACUAAGCAUAAAACCACGUUCUCUGUCAUUAUUCAGAAUGUAUAUAUAGAUCCAUUUAUGAAACUUUAAAGAUGAGUAUCUGUAGAAAAAAUAUAAUUUACAUGUCAUAGGAAAAAAAAGAAAGUCUAUACAGAAGUCUCAUCAAAAUAUACUUAGAUCAGUAGGUAAUCCUGCUCCUCAUGUUCAGUAUUAGGCCAGUCACCAAGCAGGUCUGUUAACUGAUAAUAGUUUUUACUUAUUGUGUCCAUUGUGAGUGGCAGGACUUCCAGUAAUACCAUAGUGUAGCAUAUAUAUUAUAGAAAACAGACUAUUUUGCUACCUGGCUGUGUUAUGAUGUAUAUUGAUAUGACGAGGUUCUGGUUUUUAUGAGUUUACGUAUGUCUCUGUACAUGAGUUUUAAGACGUCACAUUUUGUGCUGAAAUGAGGGACGUUUAUUUCCACUUCUCCAAUAACUGUGGAAUCUCCAGACAUGUGACAUGCAGAUGGCAUUGUUGUGAUGAACUGCAUACUGUGAACAAAGAUGACAAAGGAGGAAUGUUGUU